CCGUCGCCGAUGCAUCGCCGAUGGCGCUAAUUCUCGACCACGUCUGCUCCGGCCCCAUCUGGGAGUCAUCACGCAGUGUCGUCAGCUUCGCCCCUGCAUCGGCCCAUGUGUGACCGAGAGGCCCCGCAUUCGCAAGAGCGCCGCCCUUGUUGGCUUCGAAGACCCCCCCUGGAUGUCUCUGACAGGGCGAAUCACCGCGUGAUGAGGUGGGACACUGGCGCGCGGGAGGGCGUCGUCGUUGCCGGCGGCCGCGGCUUCGGCGGCCGUUCGGACCAGCUGGCAUGCCCAGCGGCGGUAGUGGUCACGGAGGACGGCACGGUGCUGGUGGCCGACGAGGCGAACGACCGCGUCCAGGCGUGGCCCAGCGGCGCCACCGAGGGCGUCACGGUCGCGGGCGGCACGGCACCUGGCGGCGGGGCCGGGGAAUUCCCCCCCGACGUCCCCUGGGGCUCUGCCUGGGGGGCGCCGGCGGCCCGACGCCGGAGCUCUUCGUGGCAGACUCGCUGAACUACCGCGUGCAGCGGGCGCCGCUGCCGGCGGCGUGCCGUGACCAGGCGCAGCCCCCGGCCCUCGGGUACGCGGGCACGACGGUGGCGGGCGGCCUGGGCCUGGGGCCGGGGCCCGAGCAGCUGGGGCAGCCCGUCUCGGUGUGCCUCGACGACCGGGGCGUGCUGUACGUGGCAGACGCGGACAACGGCCGCGUGCAGGUGGUGCCCCCCGCGGCGCAGCGGGCCGCGUCCGAGCGGCGCCCGCCCGCCUCCACGCUGGACGACGCGCAGCGGACGCUCACGGCGGGGGUCGUCACCGAGUUCCGCGAGGGGCCCGGGUUCGGCUUCAUCAAGGUCUCGGCGCGCUGGUGGAUUUCGCGCACCACUCCGAUAUCCGGUUGGAGGUGCGGCGAGGUUACCCGGCGCUGCGAAAGGGAGACCUCGUAGAGUUCUUCCCAAGGCCUGACGAGAAGUGGGGUCAGCGAGCUGCCAUGGUUCGGACAUUCUCACCAGCGUAGUUCGACCUCCAACUCGACCUCAACCUCCACCCAGACCUCAGAUGACGGGAAGCGUCUUCGAGGACGGAGAAGCGAGUGGUUGAGUCUGCAACAGAUCUAAUAUUAGUCAGUGUAAUCUGAGAGUGCAUACCGUUCGGGGGUGAAUUUGAUGAUUCGUCGGCAGAUGGUUGACGGGAAGCGCGCUUAGACUCGAAGAUUCGCGCGAUGGACGUCGGCAUUUAGCCCGGAGGAAAAUACUUGUACCGGUUGCUGCAAGAUCCUCAGAUUCCGACCUACGUUGAGCGUCUCCCUUUUCCAACAAUCGAAGGGUUGUUGUUAUAUAAUAUCUCGUCCGUUUUCGGCGACGGGUGGAAGCCCAACGUAUUUGAACCGCCUUCCUAUUUGAUGUUUCCGCCUAUGUCUUUCUGAGCGGCAUGCAGUUUGGAGCCCGCUGGUGUGGCUUGCCAAGACAGUCAGAUGCCAUGACAAAUGUCAUGCCGACCCGAGUGAGAAAUCAGCUCUCGUUGGCAGGGCAUGGAGCGCCGUCGCCGAGGGGAUGAUUCGGUCCAGAGCUGCGCGGGGAGGCCCAUGAAACAAGCACCACAGAGCUAGUCCACGGUGGCCACGUGGCCGGCUCAGCAGGGGCGGGGGGGUCGCUCGAGCGCCCGACGCCUGCUCGUUUGGACCUCUGUGGCCGCCGCCCGCGUGGCCGUUGACCGCUUUGGUGACUCCGGCGAAGGGCAGGAGCGGAACUGCUCCUCAAUGGAGCCCAUCACGUUGCCCAAGCAGUGGCGAAGCGUCUUGGCUCGCCUAUAG